AUGGCGUCUGAGGAACUGCCAACGUCGUGGGCGGAAUCUCCCUACCAGGGCCAAAUGCAAACCUUGAUGGAUCACCAAUGGGGCUCUCCAAGUACAUAUGAAAGUGUCACCCAUCCUUACGUAGCCAGCACCCACGCGAAUCCCGCCUUAUUGACGCCAAUCAGCGCCUCGAACAGCGUGUACCUUGAUCCUAGACAGAGUCCUACCCACCCGUCAUCCCACGAGCUUCAGUACCACAACAUGAAUUCCGCCAGUGUAUCACACGGCUUGGGUAUCUGCAAUCUAAACUACAUGCAGCCCGGAAUGCCACUAUACAAUCAGUCCGAAGGACACAACCCCUACGAUCCGCACGGACAGUUACGACGACAUGCUGAAAGAGCCGCGAGCGAACGAACCUACAGAGCGGGAAGCAGACCACUCUCAGCACGAUCAACCCCAAUCGCAAUCGCACCCAACCCACUUGGCAUCCGGCAAAUGGAACAGGAACGUAGGCUGGGCCAGGAGCUGGAAACCCAGCGCCAGCCACGGAAACCGCGGCGGCCGAGAAUCAGAUCCUCGAUCCUGGACCAAGAGACCAACCUCACGCUGCAGCUUCGAGAACAGAACGUCCCCUGGAACGAAGUGGUCAAGCGUGUCAAUGCAACUUACGGGGGGAACCACAAUGCGUCUCGUCUUCAGAUGCGGAUCACACGCCUCAAACAGCGCAUGAGGGAGUGGUCUGAGGACGAUAUUCAAGCGCUUCGGAAUGCUCAUCUGUACUGGGAGACAGAGAAAUUUGAAAUCAUGGCACACAAGAUGCAGGAAUACAAGACCACCAGAGGCUGGACGGCGUCACAGUGUCAGCAAAAAUGGCAAGAACUACAGCUCGAGCCCGAGGAGAGUCUCAGAAGAAGUCAAAGCCCAGACGACGAAGACGAGCCUCCUGAUUAUCCCAACAAAAGACCGCGAUAG